UAGUAUGGACCGAACCAUAUAAAUGACUGAUUUAUAUUGACCCAUCGAAUAUAACGAAACCCUUUAGUAGUGCUAUUUCAUGCUUAUCAUCAGAAUACAUGGUAAUUGAUUCCGCGUGUAUAGGUAUGCGCUCCAGUACAGGAAUUUAAAGCUGCAACGACGCCAAAAGAUGUCUCGGACUUUGCCGGGCCGACCUGACAGGGACCCUCUUAUUUCUCCUUUAUUUUCUUUUAACUGUUUUUUUUACACAUAUACAAAAUGGCGACUCGCGUGCGACCCCUUGCACGUUCAGCGUGUAUUGCCUUACAGCGACAACAACAACAGCAGCAAAGAAUAAUAGCACCCUCGACGAAACGAUUAACGUGCGCCCUUCGAACGUUUCGCAGCACCCCUCAGCAUCGUAAACAAGAACUACGCGGAUACAAUGACCGUGAUCGAUACCAUGGGCAAUACCCACGACGUACCCAUUUGUGUGGUGAUUUACGAGCCGACCAUGAAGGACAGCAGGUUGUUUUGAAUGGUUGGGUUCAUUCACCCAGAGCCAUGUCACAGGAUUUGAUAUUCGUUCCAUUGGGCGACGCUUCAGGCACUACACAACUUGUGUUUCGAUCAGGCAAUCCUGAACUACGCGCCGAGAUCCAGCGGUUGACGCCAGAAAGUGUUAUCUGUGCACAAGGGGUUGUUGUGAAACGACCGGAUGGCAUGAUCAACAAGCAACAGAGCACCGGUGCAAUUGAAGUCGAGUUGGAAAAGAUCUAUUGUUUGAAUCCUGCGUCGGGCUCAUUACCCUUUUGGCCAUCUCAAACAGCAGCUACUCUUCCCAAUGAAGAAAUCCGUCUACGAUAUCGAUAUUUAGAUCUUCGACGGCCUGAACUGCAGAAGAAUAUCCGUCUUCGUUCCGUCGUUGUCAACACUGUUCGACAGUAUUUGGUGGAUCAUGGAUUUACCGAGAUUGAAACACCCACCUUAUUCAAAUCAACCCCUGAAGGUGCCCGUGAAUUCAUUGUGCCAACGCGUAAACCCGGUGCCUUUUAUGCUUUACCACAAAGUCCUCAACAGCACAAGCAAAUGUUGAUGGCUGCAGGAUUCGACCGAUACUUUCAAAUUGCACGGUGUUUCCGUGACGAAGAUCUGCGCGCGGAUCGUCAGCCCGAAUUCACCCAAAUUGAUCUAGAAAUGUCGUUUAUUACGGCGCAAGAGCUUCAACACGUCGUUCAAGGAUUCGUCACCGCAGUUUGGAAAAAAGCAUUGGGUGUUGAAUUAGAUGCGUCUCACUUUCCCCACAUGACGUAUCAGGAGGCCAUGUCGACGUAUGGUUCGGAUAAGCCGGAUGUUCGUUUUGAUAUGAAGAUCAAAGAAAUAAGUGGCUAUUUGUCGGAUGUUGUUGAAGAGGAUGCUGCAUUGGACUGUCUUGUGGUGAAGCAAGGAUCGGCAUUGACGGGUGGAGAAUUGAAGAAUAUGCAAAAAGCAUUAGAGCUUGCGGAUGAAAAGGACUUUGCAUUCGUCAAAAUCAACGAAAACAAUAUAAAUGCAUGGCCAUCCAAGUGUGGACGAUUGAAGCAUUCCAGUCGAAUCGGCCAAGGAGAGACAACAGAAAUGAACAGCAAGCUAGACAUCCAAGUGGGUGAUCUGGUCUUGGUGCAUAAACGUGGACGCUACCUCUAUGGAGGCAAUACCUUGAUGGGCCGUGUCCGUCUCCAUCUAGCAAACAUGCUGCAAGAAAAGGGCCUCUUGAACCUUGAUCCCAACAUGUUCAAGUUUCUUUGGAUCGAGUCCUUUCCUUUGUUCUCCCCGGACGAACAAAGCAUCCGUACAUGGCAAGCAACACAUCACCCUUUCACUGCCCCAUUCGAUCAAGAUAUUCCAUUGCUUACCACCGAGCCCGCCAGAGUGCGUGGCCAGCACUAUGAUCUGGUGCUGAAUGGCAUGGAAAUUGGGGGUGGUUCCAUCCGUAUCCAUUCGCCUGUCAUGCAACGUUUCAUCUUUGAUAAUGUGCUUCAGCUUGAAAAGCACGAGUACCAGCGAUUCGACCAUUUGUUGGAUGCACUGAGUGCGGGAUGUCCACCACACGGUGGUAUUGCUCUUGGAUUUGACCGUCUCAUGUCGAUUUUAUGUAACGCCUCUUCCAUCCGUGAUGUCAUUGCAUUCCCCAAGGCGGCAGCUGGAAAGGAUUUGGUGGUCAAUAGUCCAUCCCAAGUGACGCCUGAGCAAUUGACAGAAUACUACUUGCAAGUCAUCAAGAACAACGAUGCGUGAACAUAGAACCCUCCCUCUCUCUCUCGUUAUACAUAGAGUAACCCCACAACAAGACACACUGUAUCAUUGAUUGAAAUCUCCCUACACGUUUCCCCCCCCCCACCCCCGUGUCACCCAUUUGAAGAUACAUGAAGCCUAUCAAACCCGGGCGCACUUGCAAAUACAUAGAUU